UCUCCAUGGCGACGCUGCUGCCUCUGCCUGCCGUCAGUCGCGGCGGCCGGGGGGGGCGGUUUUGCGACACUGGGCGCCGUGGCAGCCGGCCUCGUCAGCUGCUCGAGGGAGCGCGGCGGCCGGGGGGCUCCUCUGCAGAGCCGCGGCGGGGACAGGUGUGAAAGCAGGAUGGCCGGGAACAGCCUUGUGUUGCCCAUUGUCCUGUGGGGCCAGAGGGCUCCCACCCACUGCAUAUCAACUCUACUGCUCAUGGAUGACGCAUCAAUGAUCGUCACUGGCUGCCAUGAUGGCCAGAUAUGUCUCUGGGACAUUGCUCCAGAUUUAGAGAUUAACCCCAGAGCUCUGCUGUUUGGUCACACAGCCUCAAUCACUUGUUUAUCAAAGGCCUCUGCUUCCAGUGAGAAACAGUACAUAGUGAGCGCGUCAGAGAGUGGGGAGAUGUGUCUGUGGGACGUGAAUGAUGGCAGAUGCAUUGAGUUUACUAAGCUAGCCUGCACACACACUGGCAUACAGUUCUACCAGUUUAUGGUUGGGACUCAGCAUGAAGGAAGACUGUUAUGCCAUGGACAUUAUCCAGAAAUUCUUGUUGUGGAUGCUACCAGCCUUGAAGUUCUUUAUUCUUUAUUAUCAAAGAUAUCUCCUGAUUGGAUCAGCUCCAUGACCAUCAUUAAAUCCAACAGAACACAAGAGGAUACUGUUGUAGCAGUUUCAGUGACUGGCAUCCUGAAAGUAUGGAUAAUAACAUCUGAAGUUAGUCGCAUGCAGGAUACAACACCAGUAUUUGAAGAGGAGUCAAAACCUAUUUAUUGUCAAAACUGCCAAAGCAUUUCUUUCUGUGCAUUUACCCAGCGGUCAUUGUUGGUAGUGUGCUCUAAAUACUGGAGGGUUUUCGAUGCUGGAGAUUAUUCCCUUUUAUGCUCGGUCCCUAGUGAGAAUGAACAGACCUGGACUGGUGGUGACUUUGUGUCAGCUGAUAAAGUGAUUGUAUGGACAGAAGAUGGUCAAAGUUUCAUAUAUAAAUUACCAGCCAGCUGUCUUCCAGCCAGUGACUUGUUUCGCAGAGAUGUGGGGAAAGCCGUUGAAAAUUUAAUUCCUCCUUUAUUGUACAGCGUAUUGGACCGAGCAGAUAAACAGUUACUAAUAUGUCCUCCAGUCACCCGAUUCUUCUAUGGACAGAGGGAGUUUUUCUCAAAUCUGCUGAUCCAAGGAGACUCUUCAGGGAGACUGUGCAUUUGGAGCAUACCUGAUACGCUGGAACAACAAGAUUGUGCAAAAGGACUGCAAACAGCAACUUCAAUAUCCCUCCAGGAAGCUUUUGAUAAGCUUACUCCUCGCCCAGCUGGAAUUAUAGACCAACUAAGCGUAAUACCAAACAUCAAGGAACCACUUAAGGUUACAGCCAGUGUGUACAUUCCAGCCCAUGGGCGGUUGGUUUGUGGUCGGGAAGAUGGAAGCAUUGUUAUUGUGCCAGCAACCCAAACUGCUAUAGUUCAGCUAUUGCAAGGAGAGCAUAUGCUUAGGAGAGGUUGGCCACCUCACCGGACUCUCAGAGGUCAUCGAAACAAAAUUACUUGCUUACUGUAUCCUCAUCAGGUUUCUUCUCGUUAUGAUCAAAGGUAUUUGAUCUCAGGUGGUGUGGAUUUCUCAGUCAUCAUAUGGGAUAUAUUUUCUGGAGAGAUGAAACAUAUCUUCUGUGUACAUGGUGGAGAAAUUACACAGCUUCUAGUUCCACCAGAAACCUGUAGUGCGAGAGUCCAGCACUGUAUUUGCUCCGUGGCUAGUGAUCACUCAGUAGGUCUUCUUAGUCUGCGUGAGAAAAAAUGCAUCAUGCUGGCAUCCCGCCACCUCUUCCCUAUUCAAGUGAUCAAGUGGAGGCCUUCUGAUGACUACCUGGUAGUGGGAUGCUCUGAUGGAUCCGUGUAUGUCUGGCAAAUGGAUACUGGUGCUCUGGACAGAUGUGUGAUGGGAAUAACAGCAGUUGAAAUCCUCAAUGCCUGUGAUGAGGCACUGCCCGCAGCCGUGGACUCCCUGAGCCACCCUGCUGUCAACCUGAAGCAGGCCAUGACACGGCGCAGCCUGGCUGCCCUGAAGAAUGUGGCACACCAGAAGCUGCAGACCCUGGCCACCAACCUGCUGGCUUCUGAGGCGUCUGACAAAGGGAAUUUACCUAAGUAUUCACAUAACUCUCUGAUGGUUCAAGCUAUAAAGACUAACUUGACAGAUCCAGAUAUACAUGUGCUCUUCUUUGAUGUGGAAGCACUGAUAAUUCAGCUGCUGACUGAAGAGGCCUCAAGACCCAACAGUGCCCUCAUCUCUCCAGAGAAUUUACAGAAGGCCUCUGGUGGGUCUGACAAGGGAGGCUCCUUCCUGACUGGUAAGCGAGCAGCUGUCCUCUUCCAGCAGGUCAAGGAAACCAUCAAAGAAAACAUAAAGGAACAUCUUCUGGAUGACGAAGAUGAGGAUGAGGAAUCAAUAAGGCAGAGAAGAGAAGACAGUGACCCAGAAUAUCGUUCUAGCAAAUCUAAACCGUUAACUCUACUAGAAUACAACCUAACUAUGGAUACAGCAAAGCUUUUUAUGUCCUGUCUUCAUGCCUGGGGCUUGAAUUCUGUUCUAGAUGACCUUUGUCUUGAUCGUCUUGGGAUGCUUAAGCCACACUGCUCAGUGUCCUUUGGCCUUCUGUCUAGAGGAGGCCACAUGUCUCUGAUGCUUCCGGGCUACAAUCAGCCUGUAGGCAAACCGUCAUACGAUGGCGUGGAGUUGAGCAGGAAGAUGUCUGUUACAGAAGGAUUGGGAAAGGGGACAUACGGUGUGUCACGUGCUGUCACCACCCAGCACCUCCUCUCUGUCAUCUCACUGGCAAACACACUGAUGAGCAUGACCAACGCAACCUUUAUUGGAGACCACAUGAAGAAAGGCCCAACCAGGCCACCCAGGCCAGGCACUCCUGAGAUGUCAAAAGUGAAGGCGCCUCCAUCGAUGGCAAGUCAUGCAGCCCAAGGACAAAUUAAGCAAGGGUGGAGCCAGCUUGCUGCCAUGCACUGCGUGAUGCUCCCUGACCUGCUGGGGCUGGACAAGUUCAGGCCUCCUCUUCUGGAGAUGCUGGCUCGCAGGUGGCAGGACCGCUGCCUGGAGGUAAGAGAAGCUGCCCAGGCCCUCCUGCUAGCAGAACUGAGGAGGAUUGAACAGGCAGGCCGGAAGGAGACCAUUGACGCUUGGGCUCCGUAUUUGCCCCAGUACAUUGACAGUGUCAUAUCACCUGGAGUAACCACAGAAGCCAUUCAAACUGCUACUGCAAGCCCAGACUCAUUGGCAACAGAGGCAAAAGUUCAGGAGGAAGAGCAUGAUCUGGUGGAUGAUGACAUCUCAGCAGGCUGCCUAUCCAGUCUCCCACAUCUGAAGAAGAUGUCCACAUCCUACGAGGAGCGCAGGAAACAGGCUACGGCCAUUGUCCUGCUGGGUGUCAUUGGGGCAGAGUUUGGGGCUGAGAUUGAGCCCCCUAAGCUGCUCACACGGCCACGCAGCUCCAGCCAGAUCCCCGAGGGCUUUGGGCUGACCAGCGGUGGGUCCAAUUAUUCCCUGGCGAGGCAUACAUGCAAGGCACUGACAUUUCUGCUGCUGCAGCCGCCAAGCCCCAAGCUGCCCGCGCACAGCACCAUCCGCAGAACUGCCAUUGACCUCAUCGGCCGUGGCUUCACCGUCUGGGAGCCCUACAUGGACGUCUCUGCGGUGCUCAUGGGCCUGUUGGAGCUCUGCGCCGACGCUGAGAAGCAGCUUGCAAACAUCACAAUGGGGCUGCCCCUGAGCCCAGCGGCUGACUCCGCACGCUCCGCACGCCACGCGCUCUCGCUCAUCGCCACAGCCCGGCCGCCCGCCUUCAUUACCACCAUUGCCAAGGAGGUGCACAGACACACCGCCCUCGCAGCAAACACACAAUCUCAGCAGAAUAUUCACACCACCACUCUUGCUCGGGCUAAAGGAGAGAUCUUGAGAGUCAUUGAAAUACUUAUUGAGAAGAUGCCUACCGACGUUGUGGACCUUCUUGUGGAGGUUAUGGACAUCAUCAUGUAUUGCCUUGAAGGAUCUUUAGUUAAGAAAAAAGGUCUUCAGGAAUGCUUUCCAGCCAUCUGCAGGUUCUACAUGGUCAGCUAUUACGAGCGGAGUCACAGAAUAGCAGUUGGAGCUCGCCAUGGUUCAGUGGCCCUCUACGACAUCCGGACUGGGAAAUGUCAGACAAUCCACGGGCACAAGGGGCCGAUCACGGCAGUGGCCUUUGCUCCUGAUGGCCGGUACCUUGCCACCUACUCCAACUCAGACAGCCACCUCUCCUUCUGGCAGAUGAACACGUCACUGCUGGGCAGCAUCGGCAUGCUCAACUCAGCACCCCAGCUGCGCUGCAUCAAGACCUACCAGGUGCCACCAGUACAGCCUGCUUCCCCUGGCUCGCACAAUGCUCUGCGCCUGGCCCGCCUCAUCUGGACCUCCAACCGCAACGUCAUCCUCAUGGCCCAUGAUGGCAAGGAGCACCGCUUCGUGGUCUAGGGGAAGCCGCCUGUGCUGAAGUGAAUUUCUGUCAGAACUCCAUGUAACGCUCCCUCCUUUGUUGCUGUCCUUUGGUCACAGGGCAGGACCAGCCAGGUCACGGCUCUGCCUGGUCUGCCAGGCCGCGGCUCUGCCUGGUUUGCCAGGUCACAGCUCUGCCUAGUUUGCCAGGCCACAGUUUUGCCCAGUUUGCCAGGCCACCAUUCUGCCUGCCUUGCCGGGCCACAGCUCUGCCUGGUUUGCCAGGUCAUGGCUCUGCCUGGUUUACCAGGUCAUGGCUCUGCCUGGUUUGCCAGGUCAUGGCUUUGCCUGGCUUGCCAGGUCACAGCUCUGCCUGGUUUGCCAGGCCGCAGUUCUGCCCAUUUUGCCGGGCUGCGGCACUGCCCGCUUUGCCAGGCCGUGGCACCAGGUGGGUUCUCUUUGCAGCAGGGUGGGGGAAGCUGUGGUUUGGGGAGGCCCAGCCCCACCCUGACCGUGUGCCGUGGCCUGGCCGGUGGCUGCUGGCCUCAUGUUGGCGGCCUGGUUCCACGUGCUCACAGAGCCUCAGUGGUUUACCAAAGGCCCUGUUUACAUGUAUUCCUUCUAGUGACCACUGAAUGAUCACUAGGUGGUGUGUCUUAGAGGGUUCUUAAUAAGGGCCUAAUUAAUUGGGGAUAAUUAGUAGCUGAGUGUGCAGGAGUUGAAUGGCCUCUGUUCUGAGUGGAAGGGGCACAUUUCCUCAGAAAAAGACAGUUUUUGAGGAACUGAAGUGCUGCUGUGCUCAGCCGUUUGUUUGCUGUAGUCUGGAACAAAGGAUAACAAUUCACAUGUAAAUAAAAAAAAUAUCACUAAGAUGGACUAGCAAACUUGAACAGAGGAGUAUUUAUAUAUAAAGGUGUUUUUUGCUACCAAUGAAGGUAUUUAUUUUGAAGAAAAUAAAAAGCUUCUUCUUCCCAAAGCUGCUUCCAUUUGUGCUGGAUCCCACAUGGAAGUGGGGCUGUGCUCCAGUGGCUGCAGGGCCACGUUCCUUCACCGCAGGAACAGGGGAUGGCAGCAAGCCCCGGGAGGCAGCACAAAUGGUGUCAGUGGUUAACAAUUCUGGCAAGAAAAACUAUGAAAAAUAGUAAGUUAUUUGAACAGAUACACUGAAACCAUUUCUUCAGUAGGAAUAUUCCUGUGUAAUGUUAGCUGUGACUGUGUUUCCUUCUUACAUAUCUAAUUCUGUGAAAUAUUUAAUCGUGUGAAAGUAUGCUGGUUUAUGCUCACAAUAAAGCGAAAAAAAAAUCUAUGAAAUACUAUUUUAUUUAAAAAUAUUGAUGUAUAUGUUUGUAUAGCUUUCUCUUUGCCAUUUUUGUCUGAAAAGCUUGCAGAAAUAAGGAGGCUGUCUUUACGUGAUAAACUAAAAAUGGUACUUACAAAAUCCUCCCUUCCCUAAAAAGGAAUAAUUUAUAAAAUGGCUUCUAAAUAUAAAAAGCAUUGAUUUUUAAAAAAAAACUUUUAAAGUUGGUCUGCGUAGUACAUUGUACACGAGGUGAGAUUUUCAGUCCAGAAAGAUACAUAUCUGUUUGCUGUUUAAAAAUUUAAACAUACCAAUUAAAAAGAGCAAGAAAUUAAGACCAUUAGGAAUGUUUAACACAAACUGCCAUAAAAUUUAAUCCUUUUAUCUGGCAGGAAUGUAGUGUAUAGUAGAGAACUCUGUCAUAGAAUAUCAGGGUCUUUUUUCUAAGUGAACUAACACAACAUGCAUGUACAUUGUGUUUAUAAAGAUGCAUACGUAACUCUGAAGAUUAAAGAUAGGAAGAAGAGCUAACAGAGACCUUCCAUCUGUAGACUGAAACACUGCAGCAUUAGGUUUAGAUGCACAAGGGGAGUCAGGGUGCACUAUAAGCAUUCCCCCAUAGGUGUUCUGGGAUCCCGUCAGUUACAUUAGGGUAGGUUCCAAGAUGUGUACGUGUUUACUUUCGGAAACAAAAUGCAACCCCCAUGGGAAUGGUGGACCACAGCCCUCCAAUGAUUUCCUUUUGUGGUAUAGUGAGCAAACAUCUUGAAUUAUAUAUGCGUUAAAAUGUUUGAUUUAAGCUAGAAGUGUAAUGGAUUUUCUUAAAUGCAGAAGAGAGAUUGUUCCUUUUCCCUCCAGUGCUGCGGGUCAGCUCCAGCCCCACCGGCGUCCAGGAGCCAUCUGUGGGGCUGGACACAACCCCCACUGUGGUGACUUUGUUUGCCCCAGUCCUCAACUUCACAGCCUCGGUCUCUCAGCACUGCAGUAAAAUUUGUAUUGUCAUUCCAGUGUAAGCUUUUAGUGCUUUAUUGAUUUGUUAGUACUGUAUUUGGACUUGUCCUUGUAAAUGUGGAGACGUAUGUGGCUUCAUUGGCAGUUUACAAGCAAAAGAUGACAUGAUGAGACACCUGUAUGAAAGUGUUGUAAUGAUGGAAGUCACCAUGUAUGGUAAAUGAUUGAAGUGUCUGCCUCUCGAGCAACUUCUGGAGUCCACUCCUAGCCUGCUGUAUGUAUACUGCAUACCCUGGUGUAAAUAUGCUUGUGAAAUAAAUCUGGACUGUAUCGAA